UGUUUUAAGUCAAUAAAAAAUAACGUCGAACUCAAAUGUAUAAAAUUGUAUGGUUUGGAACUUUAAAUAAGUCGAUUGGCUACAUCGGGAAAAAGAAGACCCGUCUUCUGAGUCCAUGCGAGAAAAUAUGCCUUAAUACAGCUAGAAAAACAGUACAGAGAUGCGACAAAAACUAUUCACCACCAAAGUUAAGUAGAAUCAAGAAUUUCUAUACCUACAGUAUUGUACUGGGGAGUCUCUUCAGUAUAGUCAUGUGGGCCAUCUAUAAGCUGGGCAAGCCCGAGGAAGACCAUCGGGGUCCCAUAGAAGAUGAGUUCAGUCAGCUUCCCUGGUUCCGCCAGUACAUAAUGAGGAUGUGGCACACACUUCAGUAUUAUGAAAAAAUGAUGGAAGAACCCCAGAUGGCAAAGCUGCUGCCAAACGUUGUCCCCCCGCCGUAUAUACAGCCUCCCUAUUCACUAGUCCUGGAAAUCAAAGACGUACUGGUGCAUCCAGAUUGGACUUAUCAGACGGGGUGGCGGUUUAAAAAGCGACCUGGUGUGGAUUACUUUCUUCAGCAGUGCAGUCGAAAUUUUGAAAUUGUUAUAUAUACUUCAGAACAGGGUAUGACCGCAUUUCCCCUUCUGGAUGCUUUAGAUCCCUAUGGCUACAUAAGUUAUCGGCUAGUAAGAGGUGCCACGGACUUGGUGGAGGGUCAGCAUACCAAGAACCUCGAUUAUCUUAACAGGGAUCUGAGCCGUGUGAUAGUGGUGGACUGUGAUCCGUAUACCACUCCCAUGCAUCCCGAUAAUAGCUUGGUGCUCACAAAGUGGCUGGGUAACGAUGAUGAUGUCCAGCUCUUUGAUCUCACGGCUUUCCUGCAGUUGGUUGCCGAACACCAAGUAAAUGAUGUAAGGGAGGUGCUGCGAUACUAUCGCCAGUUCGAGGACCCCAUUGAGCAGUUUAAGGACAACCAACGUCGACUGCAGGAGCAGAAUCAGGAGAGCAUUCAGAAUUUACCAACUAGUGAACGUCAGUGGAACUUGACUUUAUUGGGACGCUCCCUUCGAGGGUCUUCAAUCAAAUAAAUUUUCGUUUAUGCAUUUA